GUUGAUGAUCUGGGCAGGAUGACUGAGGGUGUCAAGAGGCAGGUGGAGGCUGGCCUGGUGUAUGCUGUCCACCAAGACCAACACGGCCUCCGCUCCUCCAGGAUAACUACACAGGAUGGGCGGCUGUACCUACACACACUCCAGAGCCAGCCCGCGCCCCUCCGCGCCCACACCAUCCAGUUCACCGACGUUGUGGGCGCCCUGGACUGUUCCUCCACCCUGGUAUUUCUUGACCUGGGCUGGGCCGGGUCAACAAGAGGCCGGGUCCACAUCCGGCUUAGCCCCGACACUCCGCGCGGCAGACAAUUUACGUUGUUGUGUACGGGCCAGCGGGGCCACACCUACGCCAACACAAACUUACUGGAGGUGUGUUACAAGGGUAGAGAGUGGGAGCGUGUGAAGGGUGGAGACUACCAGUAUAAUGAUGGGAGGGGAGGAGCCUCACUACUGCCUGACCUCCG